AUGGCUUUCGCUUUAAAAGGUCACAACGCUAAACCCGAUGAGAGUGUGAAUUGGUCUAGUGACCCUGCAGAUAAGCUCGGCCCGAAAACGUUGAGAGCGGCCAUGGGUGAAGGUACCACCUGUAUUUGUCAAAGCUUGGCUCAACUUUUCGGCAGCGGAGGUGCAGAUGUGGUAGUUGUCGGGAGAAAAUCCAGUGACCAAAAGUCGAAAAAUGUCUCCUUCGUGAAAGCGGAUCUGACAUCCAUGUCUAAGGCUGAGAGUCGCCGAAGAACUUGCGCAGAAAACUUGGAUUUGGUCAUUCUCACAACAGGUUACCGAGCUGCUCCUAAGCGCGAGGAGAUUUCGGAAGAACUGAAGAGUGAUAUAGCAGUGAGUUAUUUGAGCAGGUUGAUAAUUGGUCGCAACCUUCUACCUCGUCUUAAGAAAACUAACACAAACCUGGUCAAAAAGCCAAGAGUUUUCAUCUAAGGGUUUUCUUGCGGCGGAGAAAAGGGUGUCCUGAUGACCUUACCUCUUCUGUGGACUACGAAGGAAUGAAGACACACAUGGUCACUGUGGCAGGAAACAAGGCCCUUGUGCACGACACUGCACGCCGCUUCCCCAACUUCGGGGUGUAUGUUGUGAAUCCAGGUUUGCUAAGGACUGCUAUUUGUAACAAUUUUUUGGGUGCAAGGAGUCUAUAA